AUGGCCUCACCAUCAAAGCGAUGCCGAGUCACUAUUGAAGAUGUCGAGGAUGAAGGUGAUACCCCACCAUCUUCUUGGAGUCAUGACAGCCUUGUCUUUGUGGAUUAUCCCGAUGCUGGUGCUGAGAUUGAAGGUGCUGGAAAGGGCGAAACUACGUUUGAAAGAAUUAAGAAAGAGAAGCAGAAGCAAGGAGAAGAGAUGUGGGCGCCUUUUAAAUCCUAUAUAGACAGGUUCACAAAGCUGGGAGUGAUCCGAGACAAUGUCAAACCAUCGUUUAAGGACAAGCGCACCUUUCUGACUAAGAUAGAUGAGUUGCCAUCUGCAUUGGGUACUGAGUGGAAAUGCGAGGAAUUUGAACUAGUUGGAAACGUACUCGAUAAGGAUGGGACUCCCAUCAUGCAGACCAUCGAGUUGUGGAAGCGUGAUCCACUUGCAUGCAUCAAGGAGCUCAUGCAGGAUCCCCGAUUCAUGAAACAUAUGCGUUACGCACCGGAGAAGAUGUAUACGGAUGAAGGGAUGAAGAACCAGGCGUUUGAUGAGAUGGCGACAGGCAAAUGGUGGUGGGCCAUGCAGAGACUGUUGCCAAAGGGAGCAACCAUCGCAGCGAUCAUCCUUUCGUCCGAUAAAACCCAGCUCUCCACCUUUAGUGGCGACAAAUCUGCCUGGCCGCCUCUCGUCGAGGCUGGCCAGAACGGUGUCGAGAUGCUUUGCAGUGAUGGAAGGACACGGCUCGUGUUUCCUCUCCUUGCUGCCUACAUGGCCGAUUAUCCUGAGCAGUGUCUAAUAGCCGGCUGUGGAGAGCGACAAUGUCCGAAAUGCACUGCUACCUCAAAGGAGCUGGGUGAUCCAUUGCACUCAGUACUACGUGACCCUGAGAAAACCAUCGACGCACUCAAAGCAACACAGACAGGAAAUAACAUGGAAUUCAAAAACCUCGGCCUACGCCCAAUUACACCCUUCUGGAUGGACUUGCCACGAUGUAACAUCUUCCAUUGUUUCACUCCUGACCUUCUACACCAGCUCCACAAGGGCGUCUUCAAGGAUCACCUUGUCAAAUGGUCGACGAAGGCUGCAGAGGCGACGAAGGCGGAGGUUGACCGUUGUUACAUGGCUAUGCCAUGGCAUCCUGACUUAUGCCACUUCAAGAAGGGAAUUUCGCUUGUCACGCAGUGGACAGGAAUGGAGUACAAGAAUAUGGAGAAAGUUUUCCUAGGCACGCUGGCGGGAACAGCAAAACCUGAUGUCAUCAUUUGUGUUCGUGCUGUGCUUGAUUUUAUCUACUAUUCCCACCUUGAACUACACACGGAUGAGUCAUUGAAGAAGCUUGAAGACUCAUUACACACCUUCCAUGCCCACAAACACAUAUUCGUUGAUGACGGCAUUCGCGACCACUUCAAUAUCCCUAAAGUCCAUUCAAUGGUUCACUACUCUGUGAUGAUUUGGUCCCAUGAUGUCACAGGAGGCUAUAAUACUGAGGCAUCAGAGGAUAAAGUUGACGAUGUAGACGUGGCAGAUGGUGAUGAAGAAGCAACGGCACAGGCUGAGAUCAACACAGAGCUUACCAAGGACACUAAUGGGGAUCAGGUCACAUCCCGUGUUAGCCUACAGCAUGGCAAAUCAACAUACACUAUACCCAAAAGACCCUCCUUCACCGGCAUCGAUAUAGCAACUUUGGAGAACCAGUACGGGACUCAGCAGUUUGUUCGCUGUCUGGAAUUUUUUCUUCAUGACCGUGGCUUGCUCAAAGAUGAUUUCUGGGAUGCUCGGCCAGCAAAAUACCAGGUGUACAAGCGCUUCCAGAUCUGUAUACCCCCAGUUCCUGAAGUCUCGACAACUGUUACCCUGGAUGUCAUUCGUGCAUCGCCACCUCACACAACAGGGACUAGGAGGAAAAAGUAUGUGCCAGCUCAGUUUGAUACAGUGCUGGCACGGCGAGACCUGCCAUUGGAUAAGAAACAGGACCUGGACUUGUUAGGAGUGAAUGGUCUUCAUGUUGCACAAGUCCGUGCUAUUUUCAACCUUCCUGAGGAACUUGGCAGCUUCCCACAUCCACUAGCAUAUGUCAAAUGGUUCACCCCUCUGUGGCGCGUCGAUGAACACAUGCAAAUGUUCAGGGUGGAACGGUCUAUGUGGAAUCAUCUUCGGAAUGCAUCCAUUAUUCCAAUUACAUAUAUCUCCUGCAGUUGUCAUCUUAUACCAUACUCAGGACGUAUUAUGGACCCUACAUGGACGAGCGAGAGUGCUAUGGAAAAGUGCAAGUCCUUUCAUCUCAAUAUGUACCUUAGACACAUUGAUUUUGUCUUACUACGCUUAAAAUGCAAGAUUUCUGCAACGUGA